AUGAGAGGGGCAAACCGGUCGAGUGUCUCCGAAUUCCUCCUGCUGGGGCUCUCCACUCAGCCCCAACAGCAGCAGCUCCUCUUUGUGCUCUUCCUGAGCAUGUACCUGGCCACCGUCCUGGGAAACCUGCUCAUCAUCCUGGCCAUCAGUGCAGAUUCGUGUCUGCACACCCCCAUGUACUUCUUCCUCAGCAACCUGUCCUUUGUGGAUGUCUGCUUCUCCUCUACUGCAGUACCUAAGAUGCUGAUCAAUCACAUACUGGGGAAUGAGAGUAUCUCCUUCUUUGGAUGUCUCACUCAGCUGUAUCUACUCAUUGUGUUUGCGUACAUGGACAAUUUCCUCCUGGCUGUGAUGGCCUAUGACCGCUUUGUUGCUGUAUGUCAUCCCUUACACUACACAACAAAGAUGACUCAUCAGCUCUCUGCCUUGCUGGUGUGUGGUUCAUGGGUCAUUGCUAAUCUGCAUGCUUUGUUGCACACACUACUGAUGGCUCGGCUCUCUUUCUGUGCAGACAAAACGAUCUCCCACUUCUUCUGUGAUGUGGUCCCUCUCCUCAAACUCUCCUGCUCUGACACAUAUAUCAAUGACAUGAUGAUUCUUACUGUAGCAGGGUUGUUAAUGAUUGUUCCGUUUAUUUGUAUACUCAUCUCAUACAUCCUUAUUACUGGUGAAGUCCUGAAAGUUCCAUCCACUAAGGGAAAAUGGAAAGCUUUCUCCACCUGUGGGUCCCACUUGGUUGUGGUUUCCCUCUUCUAUGGCACCAUUAUUGCUGUAUAUUUCAACCCUUCAUCCUCCCAUUCACCUGAGACAGACACCCCAGCCACUCUGCUGUACACAGUGGUGACCCCCAUGCUGAACCCUUUCAUCUAUAGCCUCAGGAACAAGGACUUGAAAAGGGCUCUAAGGAAAGUGAUUGGCAGAAAGAGGUUUUACGCUUGA